AUGCAGAACUACCUAGCGAAGGUAAAGGCCAUAGAAGCCGAGCUCAAGAGUCGGGGAAUCACAGUCAGGUAUCAGAGAAUACCUCGGGAAGAGAAUGAAGAGGCAGACCUGCUCAGCCGAUUGUCUAAAAAGGAGCUAGAAGAGGUAUACGUACAACACAUUAGCGCACCUGCCUUUGACAGAACGCCCACUGUAUUGCAGGUGGAGCAAAGCCAGAACUGGACGACCCCAUACCUAGAAUACCUAGAGAAGGGAAAGCUCCCUGAAGAUAAGGAUGAAGCAAAGAAGAUAGCAGCUCGCGCUGCUAAUUACCAAGCAGUAAGGGGGACUUUAUACAGAAGGGGGAAAUCCAGCCCGUGGCUCCGAUUUGUGAGCCCGGAGGAGGCAACAAAGGUAAUGGAAGAAAUACAUAGGGGAAUGUGUGGAGCUCAUGAAGGAGCAGGAAAGCUAGCAAACAAGAUAUUCAGGCAGGGAUACUACUGGCCCACUGUUAAGAAAGAGGCCGAAGAGUUCGUCCGAAGAUGUGAUAAAAAGUUUGUAGUGGUGGCUGUGAAAUACUUCUCAAAAUGGCCAGAGGCGGAGGCAAUCCCCACGAUCACAGUCCGUAAGAUGAUAGACUUCGUAUGGGACAACAUCAUCUGCAGGUUCGGAAUACCGAGGGUACUCAUCUCAGAUAAUGGCAGACAAUUCGACUGCAGUGCUUUCAAAGCGUUCACAGCAAACAUAGGCAUAUGGCACAAAUUCUCCUCGGUGGCUCAUCCUCAGACCAACGGCCAGACAGAGGUCACUAACAGAGCUAUCCUCCAGGGAUUGAAAAAGCGGCUAGAUGGAGCCAAGGCAAAUUGGGCAGAAGAGCUCAACAGCAUCCUGUGGGCACUCUGGACUACUCCCAGGACGUCCACAAAAGAGACGCCUUUUGCACUCGCGUUUGGCACUGAAGCUGUGGUUCCAAUCGAGCUGCAGGUCCCCACUCAUCGAGUCCAAUUCAAUAGUGAAAGCACCAAUGAUGAUAAGUUAAGGAGUAACUUGGAUGCUCUGGAGGAGGUAAGGGAGGAAGCUCAAGUCCGUACUGCCGCUUAUCAGCAAAGAGCAGUCCGUUAUUACAAUCAAAGUCAUGUUCAGCAUUGGCAGCAGGUGGUGCCACGUUUUCAGCCAUUUCAGAUGGUUCAGGAUGCGUUGGAGUGGUUUCAGGAGGCUGAUCUGCGAUUGGGAGGUGUCUUUGCGCGGAUUCGGAUUGCGCAGUCUCCAAAUGUGUACCUGUUUGCUUACCUAGUCUCCUGA